AUGGCGCCAUCACUAAUGUCAAAGGACCAAAACCCAGAUAUUGCCGAACGAAGGCCCAUUAAUAUAGCCGCGCUUUACGGGCUCUUUACUUACGCGUUCGACAGCGGUUGUAAAACUAAAUCUCUCUCUGUCUCGCUCGUCAAGCUAGAACGCCGACCCGAUUCCGAGUUAAAAAGAUUGGGAGUAAUGGACAACAUAGUAGAUUCCUUAAGCAGCGCCUAUCAAGAAUUCGUUGCUGCGGCGGCUAAUGUUCUCGAAACUAAGGAAACUUCGGCUGCCCAAAAGACGGCAGACACGGAUGCUGCCUUGGAAACCUUUAAGCAGAAAUGGGAAUUGUUCAGAGUGGCUUGUGAUCAAGCGGAGGAGUUUGUUGAGUCAAUCAAACAGAGGAUAGGGUCCGAGUGCCUUGUCGAUGAGGCCACGGGGUCUAUGGCUGGGAAGUCGGGUCAGGCUUUGACAACUGGUCUUCCUCCCAUUAGUGCUGUUCGUUUGGAACAGAUGAGUAAAGCUGUCCGGUGGCUUGUGAUUGAGUUGCAGCAUGGUUCGGGAAACGCGGGUGGUGCAGCUCAUGCCCACCCUUCUGCCCCUUUCGAUGCUAGAUUCUCGGAGGAUGCUGCUCAGUAGGUAUAGGGUUGUUGUUUUGUACACGGGAACUCCACAAGCUUCUUUGAAUGUCUUCCGGGUGUCGAUUUUGUUACUCAUUGUUCAUUUCCCUAUUUACAGUUAAAUAGACACAUGGUAAGCAUUGAAAGUUGCUUGCGGAGUGAUAAUAAUCCAUAGGUAUAUCAAUUUAUGUUGUUUGAGUUAGUUGUAGAAUUCUAA